UUGAGAAGAAAGGGAAAGUGCACGAUGUAUCAUCAUCUUGUGCAAGGCUGCCGACUCCAGAGCUCACACAGUGCUGGACACGCCGCGACGAGUCGGAGGGGAAAGAUCAAGAUGGAGGCGGCCGCCUCCAAUCCGUCGAGCAAGAGGAUCGCCCUGGUCACCGGAGGGAACAAAGGGGUCGGGCUGGAGACGUGCAGGCAGCUCGCGUCCAAGGGGCUCAAGGUCGUGCUGACGGCGAGGAACGAGGGCAGGGGACUAGAGGCGGUCGAAGGCGUCAGGCGCUCCGGUGCUGACGUCGUCUUCCAUCAGCUGGAUGUCACCGACCCUGACAGCGUCGCCCGGCUGGCGGAUUUCGUCAGGGAUCAGUUCGGGAAGCUCGAUAUCCUGAUAAACAAUGCAGGCAUUUCAGGCGUCGAUCGAGAUCCAGUUCUGGUUGCGAAAGUUAAAGAACAGGUUGAAAGCAUGGAUGUAGAUCAGAGAGUUCAAUGGAUGAAAGAAAAUUCCAAGGAGACAUAUGAGGAAGCAAAAGAAUGCAUGAGAACAAACUACUAUGGGGCAAAGCUUGUCACGGAGGCACUACUUCCUCUUCUUCAGUUGUCCUCCUCUGGGAGAAUUGUCAAUGUCUCAUCAGGCUUUUCACUGCUAAGAAACUUCAACAGUGAAAAACUGAAGAAUGAGUUUAACAACGCUGACAAUCUUACUGAAAAGAGACUAGAGGAGCUGUUGGAUUCGUUCCUAGAAGAUUUCAAGGCCAAUUUGAUAGAGGCACAUGGGUGGCCGACCGGUGGCUCGUCAGCCUACAAAGUCGCCAAAGCUGCCCUCAAUGCUUACACAAGGAUUCUCGCCAAGAAGUACCCUAGGAUGCGCAUCAACUGUUUGACGCCUGGUUAUGUCAAGAGCGACAUGUCGAUGCACAUGGGAGUUUUGACGCCCGAGGAGGGCGCUAGCAACCCUGUGAAGGUCGCUCUCUUGCCCGACGAUGGCCCGACGGAAAUCUCAUCGACUGCGGUUGCUAGGGUCGCCGUCGUCACCGGAGGGAACAAGGGGAUCGGCUUCGAGGUGUGCCGGCAGCUUGCCAGCGGCGGAAUUGCCGUCGUCCUGACGGCCCGGGAUGAGAUGAGGGGCGGGGAGGCCGUCGAGAGGCUCAAUGCGCUGGGGCUCUCUCAUGUCGUCUUCCAUCAGCUGGAGAUCACGGACGCUUCGAGCGCCGCUGCGCUAGCUGGUUUUCUCAAGGCCCGCUUCGGCAAGCUUGAUAUUCUGGCAAUAGUAGAGGUGCAGCUGCUAGUUGCAUCCAAGGUGAAUAAUGCCGCAGUUGGUGGGGUUGAGUACGGCCAAGAGUUCGAUACCAACGAGGAAAAGUUCGGUGGCAUGGAUUUCCACCAGAGAGUUGAGUGGAUGCUGAAGAAUGCCCGGGAGCCCAUCGACAGCGCGAAGAACAGCGUGAAGACGAACUACUACGGCACGAAGCAUGUAAUCGAAGCCCUGCUGCCUCUGCUUCAAGCUUCGUCCGAGGGAAGAAUAGUGAACGUCUCCUCCAAUUAUGGACUCCUAAGACAUAUCGGCAACGAGGAGGUGAGGCAGGAGCUCAACGACGUCGACAACCUGACAGAGGAGAGGUUGGACGAGCUGCUGGACAAAUUCAUGAAAGACUUCGAGGCCGGCGCGCUGGAGCCGCACGGGUGGCCCACGAAGUUCUCCGCGUACAAGGUGGCCAAGACCGCCAUGAACGCCUACUCGAGGAUCCUGGCGAGGAGGCACCCUGAGCUGCGCGUCAACUGCGCGCACCCAGGCUUCGUCAAGACCGACAUGAGCAUGGGGUCCGGGGUCCUGACGCCGGAGGAGGGCGCACGCAACUUGGUGAAGGUGGCGCUGCUGCCUGACGGCGGGCCGACCGGCGCGUAUUUCGCCAUGGGCGAGGAGGCGCUGUUCGUGUGAGAUACUGGGAACCGG